CAGGCACCGCCCGGCGAGCGGGAGGCGGGGUCGGGCUGCCGGAAGAGCCGCGCGGACGGCGGCGUAAAGGGACCGGCAGCGCUUCCGCCGCGGCGUAAUGGCGGGGAGGCGGUAGGGGACGGAGCGUCGGCGGCCGGUGUGAACCACAAAAUUGAACAGCAAUAACCAUGGGAGAUACUGCAAAGCCUUCCAUUACGAAACAAAGUAAGGAAGCAGAAAUGUUAUUUGAAGAAGAAUUCAAAGGAGGUCUCUUACGGAAAGACUACCAAGUGAUGGAUGAAUAUGGAAAUGGCCAUAGCAAUAAAAUAGAUAUCAGCCUGCAGAAGAAGAAGGGAACACCAGGUCAUUAUGGAGGUAGUCCCAGACUAGGACCACGUAAUGUUUUCAGUAGCCCAAAUUCUCUUAAAAAUACAACUCACAGUCAAGGGUCAAAGUUGAGUGAUACCCAAAAAGACCAAAUAAAGAAGUGGAUAUCUGAUGACCACCGUGGUACUUCUGACAGCUGGAGAGACUACAGAUGUGGAGCGUGGAUUCCCACACAUAACAGGACAAGAAAGGACUCUUUUCACGAUGUUGAAGGUGCAGGAAACAGAAAUGUAAGACGACAACUUCAGAAAGACUUAGCAGAUGAAGACAUGCCAGACAUGCAGAGAGGAAGCUCUGAAAUGAAGAAGCUCAGGAAAACAAGGAGAUCAAGAAGAAGUAGAAAAGAUGAGUAUGAUCAAGAUGAUGAAGUGGAUGGCCCAGUCAUAGAUGAAUCUGUGCUUUCAGCAAAAGAGCUUCUAGGGUUACAGCAAGCUGAAGAACGAUUGAAGCGAGACUUCAUUUAUAGACUGAAGAAGCAACCUCGAAGCUACCCAUCAGCAAAAUAUGCCUGCAAAUUAUGUGAUGUUUUGAUUGAAUCUGUGACUUUUGCUCACAAGCAUAUUAAGGAGAAAAGGCACAAAAAAAGCAUAAAGGAAAAGCAAGAGGAACAGCUACUGAGUGCCCUGCCUCCUCCAACACCUUCACAGAUUAAAGCUAUUGGUUUUGCCAUUGAAAAUGUAGUACAGGAGUUUGGCUUAAGCAAUGCUGAUUUACAAGAAAGGCUCAAGAUUAGAACAAUAAUGGAAGACUUACUGCAUCAAAAAUUGCCAGAGUGUACCUUAAGGUUGUAUGGAUCCUCCUUUAGCAGAUUUGGUUUCAAAACUUCAGACAUAAACAUAGACAUCCAGUUUCCUGCCAGUAUGAGUCAGCCAGAUGUUCUCUUACUUGUUCAAGAAAGUCUACAGAACAGUGAAUCUUUUACUGGAGUUGAUGCAGAUUUCCAUACUAGAAUUCCAGUGGUGGUAUGCAGAGAAAAGCAAAGUGGCCUUAUUUGUAAAGUAAGUGCGGGGAAUGAGAAUGCUUAUCUGACAACAAACCAUUUGGCUACCAUUGGAAAACUAGAGCCUACUGUUGCAUCUUUAGUGAUUGCCUUCAGGUACUGGGCAAAGCUGUGCUGUGUUGAUCGUCCUGAAGAAGGAGGUUUGUCACCUUAUGUGUUUGCAUUAAUGGUUAUCUUCUUUCUGCAACAGAGGAAAGAGCCUUUUCUACCUGUCUAUUUGGGAUCAUGGAUUGAAGGCUUCUCAUUAAACAAAUUAACUAAUUUUCAUCUUAAAGAAGUUGAGAGUGAUGUUGUGGUUUGGGAACAUAACCCUGUUGAUGAUGCUGAUUUGCCACAAGAAACUUCUCCUAAAAGAGACAAGGUUCCCUUAGUAUUUGAUUCAGUACAGCAAUGUUCAGCACCUGUAGGGCAGCUCUGGGUAGAACUGCUUCGUUUCUAUGCCUUGGAGUUCAAUAUGGCUGAUUUGGUUAUUAGCAUACGACUAAAAGAAAUAGUGUCGCGUGAAUUGAAGGACUGGCCUAAGAAGCGCAUAGCUGUGGAAGACCCAUAUUCAGUCAAAAGGAAUGUUGCAAGAACUCUGAACAGCCAGCUAAUGUAUGAAUAUAUUCUUCACUGCCUGAGAGCAACUUACAAGUAUUUUGCUUUACCUCACAAAAAAACUGUGAGAUUGAGAAAAAAGUCCCAUCCAAAUGCCAGCGAGGAGAAAUCCCAAAAGCUGGACAGUGGAAAUGAUACUGUAAAGCAUGAGAAUUCUGAGUUGCAAAACGUCAGUGGUAGAAUUAACACAGCAGUAGUGGAAGAUCAUGUAUUUGAAACUACAGAUAUUCCUGAGGUACAUGGAACUUUUCAUUCUAAGGUGUGUGAUGGCUCAGAGAGCGUGACAGAAGAAGAACUGGCUGAUGAUACAAGUCAUUUGGGAAUUGCUCAUGAAGAUUCAGACUGCAUAGUUGAAGAGGUUAUUUCUGGAGAUAAUGAGGGCUUUAAACCAAGUUGUGAAGAGAUGGAGAGCGGAAAUGAAGAGGAGGAAGAAGAGGAAGAACAAGAGCAAGAAACAAGAUGGAAUAAUAUCUUGUCUACUGAGCAGGGAAUAGAUGAAGACAGUGAUGGUGGAGAUGUCCCUGUAGCAAUGACUGAUCAUGAUAUAGAGACAUGCAGUACUUCUGACCUGGAAGGUUUUCAAAACACAGCACUUACAGAGAGUGAUGAGUUUGGCUUAGAGUGCACUGGUAUAAUGGAUAACAAGAUUGAUGUUGAUGAGGAGAGUACUGAAGGUACUGAUGAACUGGAUGAAUCCCCCCAAAAAUUCAUACAUUCAGCACAGAAUCAACUACCUGAAGUGAUUAACUCGGAGGAGGAAGAGGAGGAAGAAUUGAGUCUUCCAAACCAGACAGCAUGUGGUGGUAUCAUAAGAGCCAAAGGUAAACUAGACAAUACGUACCCUGGAUCUGGAGAUGAGAAUGCUCUGUCUGAGGAAGAUGAUGAUUUGUCCACCAAUAAAUAUGAAGAGAAGUGUUUCAAAGACAAUGUGCAUGGUUCUCUGAGGAUCAGUUUCAGUCAAGAGGAUCUCACUGAGAAGGGAGGUCUUUUUGAAGAGGACACAGCAUUAGGAAAGUGUUUAGAAUCUGAACUCUUUUAUGAAUUUAGUAAACAAGCUUUUACAAAAGGCAAGUCUCCUACAGUGGUGUGUAGCUUGUGCAAACGGGAAGGUCACUUAAAGCGCGAUUGUCCAGAAGACUUCAAGAAAAUUGAGCUAGAUCCACUGCCACCACUGACACCCAAAUUUUCAGUUAUUCUAGAUCAAGUUUGUGUCCAGUGUUACCAGGAUUUUGCUCCAAAUGUUGUAGAGGAUCAGGCUCGGGAACAUAUACGACAAAACCUGGAAAACUUCAUUAGACUGGAAUUCCCAGGAACAAAGCUGAAUUUGUUUGGCUCCUCAAAAAAUGGCUUUGGUUUCAAACAAAGUGACCUAGAUAUCUGUAUGACGAUGGAUGGGUUGGAAACUGCUGAGGGACUUGAUUGCAUCAAAAUUAUUGAAGAUUUAGCGAAAGUUCUCAAGAAACAGUCAGGUCUACGAAAUGUCUUGCCUAUAACAACUGCUAAAGUCCCAAUUGUCAAAUUUUUCCAUGUCAGAAGUGGUCUUGAAGUAGAUAUCAGUUUAUAUAACACUCUGGCCUUGCAUAAUACAAGACUUCUUUCAUCAUAUGCAGCCAUUGAUCCUCGAGUAAAAUAUCUGUGCUACACGAUGAAAGUUUUUACAAAGAUGUGCGACAUUGGAGAUGCAUCUCGUGGUAGUCUUUCUUCAUAUGCAUAUACUCUUAUGGUGCUUUAUUUUCUUCAACAGAGAAAUCCACCUGUCCUCCCUGUUCUUCAAGAGAUCUACAAAGAACCAAAAAAGCCUGAAAUUUUAGUUGAUGGUUGGAACGUUUAUUUCUUUGAUAAGAUAGAAGAGUUGCCAGUUGUUUGGCCUGAGUGUGGCAAAAACACUGAAUCUGUAGGGCAACUGUGGCUGGGACUUCUUCGUUUUUACACAGAAGAAUUUGAUUUUAAAGAGCAUGUCAUCUGCAUUAGGAGAAAGAACCUGCUUACAACUUUCAAGAAGCAGUGGACCUCCAAAUACAUUGUAAUUGAAGACCCUUUUGAUUUGAACCACAAUCUUGGAGCUGGAUUAUCAAGAAAAAUGACAAACUUUAUAAUGAAGGCUUUUAUAAAUGGCAGAAGAGUAUUUGGUACUCCUGUAAAAAUAUUUCCUAAAGAAUAUCCAUCAAAAAUGGAGUACUUCUUUGAUCCAGAGGUAUUGACAGAAGGAGAAUUGGCACCAAAUGAUAGAUGCUGCAGAAUUUGUGGUAAAAUUGGCCAUUUCAUGAAAGAUUGUCCCAUGAGAAGAAAACUAAGACGACGACGUGAUUAUGAAGAUAGUAAAAGCCAGAGGUACACAGAAAACAAAGAGAAAAGCAAAGAGGACAAAGAAAUCCAGAAUAGAACAACAGAAAAAGAAAGCUGUGUCAGGGAGGGGAAGUUGCAUCUGUUUACACCUCAGAAGAGCAAAGUAGCAAGGGGAAUAGUGGAAACUGGAAAAGAAAAGUCUCCCAGGCAAUCAACAGAGAAGUGGAAGCGGCUAGAAGACAGAGAGUUAAAAGAAAAACGUUGUUUUAUCUGUGGAAGAGAAGGUCACAUUAAAAAGGAAUGCCCACAGUAUAAAGUAGCUGCAGGAGGUUCAAAACCAGAAGCCUUGUGUGGAUCCCCUUUACCUCCAGCUGCCAAACAUGCUGGCCGAUUAAAUCAGGGAACGCUUAUACAUGAAGAAAAAAAGAAACAAAAAGGAAAAGUACUUUUGAGUCCCCAGUCAGGUUUGUAUCUCUUAAUUUCAAUACAGACAUUUGAUGUAAAAGCAUGCAUUUUCAACUUGCUUUCUCUAUCAGUCCUUAUGGAAACUCAGCCUAAUUUGUUGAACACAGCAGCACUCCUAACAGAUUAGUAGAUAAUUCUGAAGUGAAGCCACCUUUUUUUUUUUUAAAGCUGGAAAAGUGCAUUUUUUCAUUUGUGUUUUGGAAACAAAACUUAUAAGGCAUGUCAAUUCUGUCAGCCAUUUAUUCUUUAUUUCACUCUGAUAGAUUUAUUUUGCAGAAGGAUAUGGUGUUUUAUCAAUCUCUCUCUUCUCUCCCUCUGUUUUGGCAUACAUGGGGUUCUGUGUUUCUCUUCAGGGACGACAUGUGGAGCACUUUCUUGUGAGGCUUCCUCAGAAUAAUCGUCUAGAAUUCCACAUGAUCAGCUUACUUAAGAGAGACUAUGAAAGCACAUCCUUUGUCUGAGCUGCCAAAAUGCGAGAAAGUUAAAAUUACACUUACAAGUAGCAGACAGAUGAUGACAUAAAGGCCUUUAUAUAUGCUCUCUGGAUCAGAGAUGUUUUAUGCAUUAUGUUAGAUGCGUGGUUGCCACUGCAGCUUCCUUACAGAAAUUUCACACAUUUAACUUACUAACUGGCACAACGAAGAUUUUUCAAGUAACUGCUUUUUUUUUUUUUUUUUUUUAAUUACUUUGAGUUUUGUGUGCAACUGCAAACCAUCUAGCAGCUUGGGUUUUUCCAUGGAAUACAUAAAUCUAUCUUGGGGCAUCUGAAGGGAGACUUGAGAAGUCUUUGCAAACUGGCAUUAAAUAUCUCUCUAGAUUCUCGGUUUUAUGUGGGGUGGGGAAAAAGUCAUUGCUUCUUUAAAGCUGAGUUGGGGGAAUUAAAACACAAAGCAAUUUGCCCACAGACAUUUAAUUGAAAAAAGUUACCUUUAUUAUCUUUUAAGAUUUCCUAAUGUCCUCUAGCAGCUGAUAUUAUAAAGUUGAUCUGUGUGUGCUUUCAUUGUAGUUUGACUUCAUAGUAGUUUCCUCCUGAUUGUUUCAGUUCGUUUUUUUGUUUGUUUCUGUUUUUGUUGGUGGUGGUGAUUAUUGGGGUUUUUUGGGGGGAAACCUUUAAGCUUUUAAAGUAUGAUGCUUUUUUUUCCCCCCUGAUCUCAGGCAGCCUUUCCAAUAGAUAUAUGACUCAGGGAAAAGCCUCACAGAAGAGGACCCAACAAGAAUCAUGAGGGAUGUGAAGCACUGUUAAAUUGCAAUACAGUUGCAAUUUAUUUCAUUCACUUAAAAACUUACUUUGGCUAAAGCAUCUGGAUUCACAGGACAGCAGCAUAAACAACCUUCAACUUAAAAUACCCAUGUUUCUUUAACCUUACUUUAGAUUGCUAAUACAGGAUUUUAAUAUGGUCUCAUACCAUAGACCCCUUGCUCCUAAAUAGAUUGUUUGAGCAUUUUAAUAGAAAGCCAUGAUGUUUUGUAUUUGUUUACUAGGUAAAUCAUAUAGAUAAAUGCAGGUACUAAAAAAUGGACCAAGGUUUUGUCAUUCAGCCUGACCAUUUUAAAAUGCACUAAAAUUGUGUGCAAGCCAAAUAAAUGUAUUUUCUUCAAAAUUUGAUUUUUUGAAGGAGCAAAUAUUAUUUAUAUAUGUUGAUUGUUACUGAAUCAUUGUGUAAGUGUUUGAAAUGCUUGUAGACUGUGCUUGCAAACAGUUUUUUGUGAUGUUUUUAUUUUCCCCAUGUAGAGGACUGAAAACACAGACACUAGUAAGCAUAUGUUAAACUGUCUCUGCGGUAAAGCAGUACCAUUGAGAUUUUUAGGUUUUUGCCCCUUCUGUGAUUUUAUGAAAUUUAAUUUGCUGCUGUGGUUGUGUACAAGAGAGAAGGGAAAAAAAAAUAAUAAUAAAAAAAAGACGACUAAGAAACAGGUCAGUCCUGUUUGAUGCUGCUAAGAAUAUUUUUCAUUACCUUGGGGAUACAGACAUAACUGCUUUAUGGAAUAGAGAAAUGAUAUAUGGCGUCUGGGGAAAACACAUGUGCAUUUUCAUAAAAUGUGAAUGGGAUCCUUGGACCAGCCAUGAAUUUAAGUAGGUUUAUCAACUUGAGCUUUACUUGAAGUCCUUCCAGAGCUGGUAAUGUACUCUCUGUCUUGUUCAGGAAAUAAUUACAUGGUAAAAUUGAAACCACUGUUAUUUAUGACUUUGAAAUAAAUAAAAUCAAAAUCUAGACUUA